CAUUAAUUCCAUAUCUUUGGCUUCUUUAAAUAAAGCCCCAUAUCUCUCUAUGGAAAAACCAAAACGAUUUUGUAAAUCAAAAAAAGAGUAAAGAAAGAUAUCUCUCAUCAAAGGGAAUCUUUAUCAAUAUUUCAUCAUAUAUAUAUACAUAUAUUUAUAUAUAAAUAUAUCUAUAUAUAUAUAUCAUCAUGAGUGGUAGCUCUUCGAGAAAUGAAAAGAGAGCUUUGCAUGAGAGAUUGCAGCGACUUCGAGCCAUCACCAACUCCACCGCUAUUCAGAAAGCUUCGAUUAUAGUUGAUGCGUCAAAAUAUAUUUCGGAGUUGAAGCAAAAGGUGGCAAUAUUGAACCAAGAAAUUGGCUCUAAUUCCUCAAUCUCAUCAAUUCAUCAAAAUCACUUGCCUGUGGAGGUUGGAGUGGAAAGCAUUGAAAAGGGUUUUGUUAUAAAUGUGUUAUCAGAGCAGAAUUGCCCUGGUUUGCUUGUCUCCAUACUUGAAGCCUUUGAAAACUUAGGGCUUGAUGUUCUUGAUGCUAGGGUUUCUUGUACUCACAAUUUUCAACUCCAAGCUAUUGGAGGAGAAAGUGACGAUAGCAUUGAUGCUCAAAUGGUGAAACAAGCAGUUUUACAAGCAAUUCAGAAUUGGAGUGAUGACCAAGAUUAAUAAAUAUAUAAAUAAUAUAUAAAUACUCUUAGAUAUAUAUAAUAUUUUUGUUAAUUAUCUAUUAUUAUUAUUAUUAUUAAUUAAUUUCCAAUCCCAAACUUUCCAUAUUAUUAUUUGAUAUGGUGAUGAUGGUACGUAUUGUAACGAAAUUUAUUCAUGCAUAUGUAAGAAUAUAUAUGCUUUCAUUAUAAAAAAUAUCUUACUUUUAAUCACAAUAAAAUUUGUGACUAAUUAUAAAAUUUUUCUGGCUUAA